AUGCCGGCCUUCGCGGGGAGCGCAGCGGAGCCGCCGCUGGCAGACAGCUACUACGCGCUGCUCCGCCGCCGCCGCGGCGGCGCUGAUGAAGCAGGCGCCUACGCGACGUCGACAGUGCCUUCAGACGACGACGUGCCCGUGGCGGAGUGCGAGCUCCCGAUGAUCGACGUCGGGUGCCUGACGAGCGACGACGGCUGCUCCUCGGAGGCGGAACGCGCGGCGUGCACGGCCGCCAUCGCGCGCGCCGCCGAGGAGUGGGGCUUCUUCCAGGUGCGCAACCACGGCGUGUCGCAGGCGCUCCUGGACGCGAUGCGGCGGGAGCAGGCGCGCCUGUUCCGCCUGCCGUUCGAGGCCAAGGCCACGGCCGGCCUGCUCAACGACUCCUACCGCUGGGGCACCCCGACCGCGACGUCCCCGCAGCAGCUGUCCUGGUCCGAGGCCUUCCACGUCCCGCUCGCCGGCGUCUCCGGGUCAGCCGCCGGCGGCACCUGCAACUUCGGCGAACUCACCACCCUCAGGUUCGUAUACGUGCGCAGUAUCACUUCUGUUAAGUGUGAACGUCUCCUCAAUUAG